CACAUAUCAAGUGCAUCAAGGUCAUUGUGAAGUCACCUUUUGAAAUACUUAGGUGAUGUACAUUUCGGAGAUCUUGAAUUGGGAUGGAAAGUACAAUAGCAACUUAAAAUAUAGAAACGUUUGUAUGAAGAGCCUUAAUUCUCCUGUCUCUGAUAUCGUGCGACAAGGAAUCCCAGAGAAGAAACUUUGUUUAUUGUUUUGUGGCGGAUCGAAAUGUAAAUAUUGCAACCCUUCAUCAUUUUUCGACGUGAACAAAAUGCAUUUAAACGGCUUAUACUCUACUUGGAUUACACAAAAUAUACUGGCAACAUCUAGACCAAGUGAAAAAUUAAUUAAAGAAUUUGAUAUAAUUGAUCAGUUUAAAAGAAUGGGUAUUCGCUCCAUAUUUAACAUGGAAACAGCAGGGGAACACAGUAGUUGCGGCUUUGGUGUACUCAGUUCUGGAUUUUCAUAUGAACCAUUAAGCUUUAUGAAAAACAAUAUUGCUUUUUACAAUUUUAGCUGGUGUGACUACGAUGUCGCAUCACUUCAGUUCAUUUUGGAUACAGUGACGGUAAUCCAGUUUGCAAUAUCUGAAGGAAAAAUCGCGAUUCACUGUCAUGCUGGACUUGGUAGAACUGGUGUAAUAAUUGCCUGUUAUCUAGUAUUUAAUAACCGCAUCUCCGCUGGAGAAGCAAUACAAUAUGUUAGAUUCCGAAGACCAGGGUCUAUACAAACCCAGAAUCAAGUUGGAUGCGUAUAUAAAUUUGAAAAGUAUCUGAAUCCUUAUCGAAUAUAUUUCGGAUCACACGGACAGUUCAGUUUAGAAGCAUUUCUUAAACACCAGAACGUUUUAUUGCAUGGACGGGAAAGAAUAAGGCUAAGAAAUAUUCCAAAAAUUAUAUACAUGUGUUGCAAACUGCUUGUCAGAAUCAUCGUGACAGGGUGCACAUCAGUACAAAUAGAUUCUUCAAACCAUAGAAAUCGAAUAGUGAGUGGUGAAAACAAUUGUCAAUCAUCAAAAGGGCUUUCCACAACAAAUGUUACACAAUCAGAAGCUUUUACUAGUUGCCAACCAGAUGAAACGACUGAAAUAACGAGUACAACUGUAGACUAUUCAUAUGGAAAAAAUUCUCCAAAUCAAAGUGUAGAUGAUAAUCAGUCUGUUGGUGCAAGCUCUGUUAUUGAAGCUCUGCUUACUACACAAUAUCCUGAAUCAGUUGUGGAUGAAACGGAAUAUUGGAAAAAAAAAUUCAACAAUGAUCCUGAAGCCUGGGAUUAUUUUGACAAAACUUCAUUCAAUGCAUUGGUCCUGGUAAAACUGAUAGAUGAUUGGUUGACACAUUUAAAGUCUCCAGUGCUUCGAAUGCAAGACUUGCUCAGCUUACAACAAAAUCCUUUAUUUGAAGAAGAUAUAUUAACUUCUCUAGAGAUUUUCGAGAAAGAAUUGCGUAACCCAACUGCCGGUAUCUAAAUCUACUGGAGCAAAAUGUGUAGAUGUAUCAUGUAGUACUAACCUCAUAUGAUUGAUUUUCAUUUCUAUCUGUUGUAUGAAGCCUGCAGAUAGAACCUCUCAAUUUUAUAUGAAUUAUCAAUUUUGCAUAUUAAGUCAAUAUAUGAGUAAGUGUAUGAGUAAAGUUUAGUGAACGAAUGAACUAUUUAUUAAAACAAGAGUCCCUAUUAAAGCAACUAAUAUAUCGACUACUUUGUAUACUUGAAAUGAAUAUGUGUUGUUAACAAUUAAAAUUGAGUUAAACAGCUUAUCAUUUUGUCUCUCUCCUGAAAAUUGAAAUAUAUUUAGUUAUAUUAUGAGUAUUGAAUUAGUCUGCAUAAAUUGUGCGCGUAACUUCAUGCCACAAUUAUCAAACAUAUUUAGAGUAAAUGGUUGAACAACUAGGUUCUCAGAGUGAUUAUUGGUAACGUUAAGCAAAGGGUACUAAGAAAAGAUAGAUAAUUGGUUGGUGGAACUGUGAAUUGCGUCAACUGAGUUGACUAGAACGGGCUUCACUUAUGCCUAAUCACCCACCUACUAAAUGGGUAAUCUCAGGUAGAGGAAGCGGAACCAAAAUGUGUCAUCAAUUCACGAAGUCACUGACUGUGGAUCUGAGCCAAGUUGUCAGGUGCGAAAUACCUGGUUGAGGACAAAUGAUAUGAAAUGACUCAUGAUUGGUCAUAACGACUCAGUUGUAUUUACCCUUGAUCUUGAGUCCCAGCAUUCAUUUAUACAUACCUUUUUUGUAUUUUUGAAUCAUAUUCUCAGUGCUUUGUCUUCUUCGUUACCUUUUCUACUACAUUAUUUUGACUCUUUCGCUACCUGACUUAAUAAUUUUAUCUUUUGUUAUUGUGGUAUGGCUACUUGAGUCAGCAUACAUUUAUGCCAAGCUCUGCGUUGAUUAUGACUGAUUAACUAAAAGAACUUUCGACAUCACAUCAUCUUUUGCCAUUUUCAUAACUGACUUUUGCUUGAUUAUAAAAUAUCAAUAAAGUUCUCAUUGCGUAAUGUAUAAUAAAAUAUACAAACGAAUAAUAUUGUUGUUAAUUAGAUUCCUCUCAGUUUUUAAUUCAACAGUAUGUUGAUAAUUUUUACAAAUCAACUUAUUCCAUUCAAAGUGAGAUCAGAAAACCUUGUUCGUUAAUAAAAGUAUAUCCGAAUGUGUAUAUAUCAAGUUAACUCCUUAUAAAAAUACUUAGAUGAUGAUCAGACUGUUAAUUAAUUCCGAGCAACAAAAAAAUCCAAUGAUUAAUGAGUUGUGUGUGCUAUUUAUUUUACCUUCUAAAGUGUUUAUCUUUUAAAUAUAAACUAAAGUACUGAAUUAUAUCGGAAGGGGUUUUGUGGAGAUUUUAGUAAUUUCAGUAGUUGAGAUCAUGAGUCAAUUAA